ACCAGACUGCAGGGAGCUUAAAAAAGCAGCACUGAUGGAUCUACAACUGGGGUUAUUUCAUCAGUUUUAUGGGGGCUGCACUGAUACUUAUAAUACAUGUUUCACUUGCAGUGUAAUAAAGUGAAAUGCAUCUUUUCCAACCUGCAGAAUGGAUGAUUUCAAGAUGUAUAGAUCCUAAAAGAGACACAAAUAGCUGAAAAUUCAUCAAUGCAAAGCUUUGAAGAAGCCUGAUUUCCUCAACUCUUAAAAAGAAGACGUUAAUGAGAACUGUCUCUGUCCACGUUUCCGCAGGACAGAGACCUGUGAUGAUAUCCGCCCCUGCAUGAAACUGCAGGUUUACACAAAGAGUGGAAAUGGGAGGUGGGAGCAAAAACAAAGAGCUUUCCUGUUGUUUGGCAAAAAGGCGAGACAUCCUGAACGUGGCAGAAAGAGAAGGGGAGGCAGCAGGCAGACUACUGGGGAUGUGACUUUGAUUUAGUUUAGAACACCUGGGAUUUCAGUUCCUGGGCGUUUCUUUUUUGUGUGUGUGUGUGUGUGUGUGUGUCUUGUAAAGGAAGGGAUGUAGAGCAGCUCUCAUUCAUAUCUCCAAACAGGAGAUUCCUGGAUCACAUCUCUGAGGGCAGAACGAGGGAGUGAGGAGUGAAAGAGAGGGAAGGGAGACAGACUCAGAGGUGCAGAGGGAGUUUAGCUGCUGAAGCAGGAGCAGAAAAUGGGACCGGCUGCCACCUCGCUCGCGCUGCUGUGUUUAUGUUCUCUGCGGGUUCCUUCAGGGACAGUGGACGCUUCACCAACACAGGCAUCUCUGCAAGAGGUGAAGAAGGCAAGAGGGGAUGUUCCUGAUAUUCUUCCAGAGCCUGAACCGGAGCCAACGAGUCAACUGUCUGACUUUGAAAACUCAUACAACUAUGUCUUGUCCAGACUAGCCGGUAUGGACCAGGCGAUCCACAAGCUGAACGUUGGUCACUACACCCUGGAUGUUAAAGUCAGUCAGUUGAUGGACCGUCUGACCAGGAUGGAUGGCAAAGUUGGUGAUCUGGAGGACAGCAUCCGGGAGGUUUACCAGCACAGCAAGGACAACCGCAAGGAGAUGGGAAGACUGGAGGGCUGCCAGAAGGGACACAGAUUGGGAUACAAAUGCUACCUUGUGUAUAACAACCACGAGGAUUACGCAGGAGCGUCCAGGAAGUGUUUGGAACGAGGCGGCAGGAUGGCGAUGCCCCGCGAUCGCAGGGAGCAGGAGGCCCUCGCCGACUACGUCAAAUCCUUCUUCCACCCGGGGAACUGGCCCGUCUGGCUGGGCAUCAACGACCUGCGAUCGGAGGGCAUGUACCUUUUCGAAGACGGGACGCGGGUGUCUUACUUCCAGUGGCGUAAACACUUCCUCUCCAGCCAGCCCGACGGAGGCCGGCGAGAGAACUGUGUGUCGAUGUCGUCCGAUGACGGCGAUUGGUGGGACCACUACUGCGACCGGAGAAUGAACUACAUGUGCGAGUUUGACGACAGAGUGGCACUUUAAGACGAACUCUUCUCCAGACAGCUUUACAAACUCACCAGCUUGACCUCUGACCUCCAGUUGUUGAUCAUUACCAAGUACUGUAGAAAAUGAUGGACUACAAGAAAAUACAUUUGGUGCUCCCCCUACUGACUGGCUGUAGUAUAGGUCAUAAAGCCCGCCUCUUCCAUGUUAACAGAUGGGACAUGGGUCAAACCUUAAAAUCAAAAUACACGUCAAAGAAAUGUUUCUUGAACACGUUUCUUUUUUGGUAUUGGUCAGUCAUAUCGUUAGGAUUUAUUUUAGCAUGAAAAUUUCAUAACUAUGAGUAUUCACUCCAAAAUGCCAACACGAUAUCUGUCACACUUUAGACCAUUGGGACCUGAAGGAUCUUUGCUAAAUUAAUGGAAGUAUUUUGGUUUCACUUUUGUACUAGAGGAGGGGAUGGAGACGUGUCAUCCAUCUUUAUGUUAUGUCAUAACAACAACUUUAAGUGAAAUAAUUUCCCAUAAAAACACCUGAAUAUACCUUGAGUGGUUGUAUUCAAAGUCAUCUUGUUUUUCAAGGUACACGUCCAGUUGAAUCUGUCUCUUUUCAAUAAGUGUAGCAUUGUUUAAGUCUUGUAUCUUACAGGAUAAAGACAUUUAUUUUAAAAAAUGUGGUGCUAUUUUAAGGCUUCAAUGGAAAAGAUGCAUUUCAAAAAUGCACAAAUCCAUAUUAUUCAUACUGACUGACACUUCAGUUCAAGUUCAUGUAAGGAUGGUAAAUAUUAUUAUUCAUGCAGCUGCCGGGAUAUGAAGUCAAUCCAGUCUGCUGUGAUUUCACGCCUGGAAUUCUAAAUAUUUGUUCAAAGUUUCCAAGAAAGGAAAACAAGAAAAGCUGGGGGGAUUUUUUUUCCCGUCUGAAUCAGCAAACACUGACCUGCUGGAUGAUAUAAAUCAAUGUGUGCGUAAGCUUUACAGGAAUUAGGAAGUGCUUCUCUGUUGUUUCUGAGCUUUGAGGCUAUUUUCACAAUGUCUGGUACCAGAUGGGACUCCUCUGUUAAACUGCUGAUUGUUCAACAUCUCUGGAUAGAAAACAUUUCUGAAGUUGUGGUCUCACUUUUUCAGUUUGUUGGAAACUCCCUGAUAAGAAAGCACUGUUGGAGCCCAAACAGGGUUCUUAUUUGGGGUUGUUUUAUAUCUCUGUGUGAGAGAAGGUGGUGUGUUUAUACUUCAUGUGGUCCUGACACUGAACACCAGGUGGAGCCUCAGCUUAUGCUGGGCAUUAACUCAAGUCUCCAUGAGAUUAAUGGAAGCUGACAUGUUUUUCAACUGUGUCAACAUUUUGAAGUACAUUCAGUUUGGCCGACUGUAUCAUGAAAGAUGAUAGUUUGUAUGGAUCAUUGGAAUCCUGGUUUUGGUUGCUUUGCUGAGACACACGUCCAAACCAUAGACUGUAUAAAAAAUGGACGUAGUAUCCGGGACGUCACCCAUCUGUUCCUGAAGCCAAUCGUUGGCGGGUGCCAUAUUGGAAAUACUGAACUCAACCAAACGUUGUCCAAGCUAGUGUGAGUUAGGAGGCGGGCCUUUAGCCUUUUUGCUAACAGCUACAGUGUUCCCGCCUGUCAAUCAAGUCAGCCAUGCCCUUAUUUGGGCAAAACUUGCAAGUUUGAUAUCUUCAAAAAUAACAAGUUAUAGAAAAAUGUGCUAUUCAGACCUAAACCGAUUUUUGAACCAGGUUGUAAACAUGUUUAUUUCGGCUGUAAAGAUCAUCUUCUUUGAAUGGGUGUGUAUGUGGUUUCUUGUGUUUCUGCAGCCAGCCUCUAGUGGACACUCGAUGAACUGCAGUUUUCAGCACUUCCGCAUGGGCUUCAUAUUUUAAGACCGGAGGUUACCGCUUGGUCCAAACCAAGCAGCAACCUCAAAUGUCUGAAAAUGAAGUCAGUGCUAAAGUACCAAAAACUGUAGUUCCUCAAGUGUCCACUGGAGGCUGACCCAAAUGCCUUGGAAGUCCCAUUAACACCAAUGUUAAAAUACUCAAGUUUACAGCAAAAUUAAACAUGUAUACAGCCUGGUACCAAAUAUACUUUUGGUCUUAAUAGCCGAUCUCUCUAUUCGUACACUCUGUACUGGUGCUGAACUUCUUAUAACUUGUUUAUUUUGAAGAUAUUAAGGUCACAAGUUGCAUUAUCUGGCAUAAUGAGGGGCUUGGCUGAGAGGACUGACACGUUGGCACAUUGUAGAUGUUAGCCAGAAGACUGAAACGGUCCAAUAUAGUGACCGCCAUCAUUGGGCUUCAAAUCUCUUCUUCAGAAACCAAUGGGUGACUUCACUCACGACUAUCCAUGUUGUUUAGUCUAUGGUCCAAACUACUGUAGCUCCAAAUUCACCCCUCAGUGAAAUUAAUCUCUAUACUUUUUAACCAAUACCUUAUUAGCUUCUUUCACACCUAGCUUCAAUCACCUGUAGCCUUGGUUUUAUGCCUCACGUUAGCCAAGGCUCCUCCUAGUGUUCAAUGUUGGUAUUACAGACAAAAUAUACACAUCACCUGUAUCACCCUGUGUCCCAUACAGUGUCCCUUUGGCUCCAACAAUCAUUGUAUCAUUGUAUGUAAAUGUAUCCAGAAUUGAACAGUGUGAAAAACAAGAAAGUUGUACAUAAAACGCUGAGUGUAAAUGUUCAUCAUAAAUCUUUACUAAAAGUUGA